GUUGUGGCAACAUUGAGUAGAAAAGAAGAGAAAGCGAGAAAGGAACAGAAGAGAAAAGCAAAGGGCUUUGAGUUGUUCCAAUGGAAGAAGCGAAACCAGCGAUGGGUCCUCCUCCUCCUCCUGCUCCUCCCACUACGAAGAAGAGGCCACUGGAAGACUCCAAUGCCCACUCCAAUUACUUCAAGAUUCGCGCUGUUAUUCGAGACCUUCGUCCUCACUUUCUCGAGGUUCUCCGAACUCCAGACUACAAAAAUUGCAAGGCAUCCCAUGAAAUUCAAGAACAGCUGAAGAUUGUGGUCAAGUUAUACGAGAAUAUGAAAGCAGAUGCGGCUUCACUAGCAAAGUCUAAGAAUGUGCAAGAUGGCCAGAUGAAGGCUGGCCAGAACAUGGAUCAGAAAACACUGAAAGAGCAGCAACCUCAACAUGGCAAGCAGAGUCAAGUAGAGAAAUCAUUUGCACGGCCAUCUGAAAUUAAGCUCACUCCACCAGCUCCUGGCUUCCAGAAGCAGCUGGUUGAAGAAACUCAGACACAAGGGACAUAUGUAGUUGGAGGAUCUGCUUUUGGCUGGAAUUUCAUCACUUUUUCAGGCAAGGAGCCUGUGUAUUAUGGUAGGACUAAGGAACAAUUUCGAUCUGCAAAAGUGACCGAGUAAUCCUUUGGAGUAUGGAGCUUGAAACCCCUAUCAUUGAUGUUGGGUAGAAGUAUGGUGAAUAAGUGGUUAUCAUGAACAUUUUUUUUAAUGAUUAACUUACUUUUAGAUAUCCCAAGAGACUGAUACAUGUGCUGUAAUAGUUUUGCAAUUGGUUGGAUUCAUCAUUGAAUAUCAUUAAAAAAUUACUCAAAAAUGAAAAUCUUGCAUCUUAUGUAA